UGAAUUACAAUCCAUCUGCUAAAGAAGCUCUAAGUACCCGUGUACAACAACCAUCAACAGGGUCGGGGAACAGAGAAGGCUCUUGAAGGUGACUGUGAACAUGUUGUCGUUCUCAAACUGGAUCGUUUCGGGUUGUGCAAUCUUGGAGUGCAUUGCUUCAUAUGGACUAUGGGUUCCACAAAUUAACUGAUGCUGCACUUGAAAAAACUGUCUGCUAAUGGCCCUGAAUGGGACGACUGCUGAACUUAGGUCCUCGUGAUAUCAGCUGAGAAUUCAAAAGACAAAAGCAGCAUACAUUGGCUCAUGGAGCAGAAGGUGUCUCUUGGUAAUGCAGAUCUGAAUAACUCUAUGGAUUGCAAUGGUAGUGAAGACAGAAACAGGUCAGACCCUUUGACUGCUGAGAAUGUCCAAAAGAACUGGGUGGCACUUUUGAUUUCUCUGGUCAUAAUCAUCACGGUGACGGGUAACAUCCUGGUCAUCAUGGCGGUGAGCUUGGAGAGAAAGUUACAGAAUGCCACUAAUUACUUCUUGAGGUCUUUAGCAAUUACAGACAUGCUUCUGGGUAUCCUUGUAAUGCCAGUCGCCAUGGUGACAAUCCUCUAUGGUUACACCUGGCCCCUUCCCUGGGCUCUGUGUCCAAUCUGGAUCUACCUGGAUGUUCUCUUCUCCACCGCCUCCAUCAUGCACCUGUGCACCAUCUCUCUGGACCGAUACAUCGCCAUCCGCAACCCCAUCCACCACAGCCGCUCUAACUCUUUAACCAGAGCCCGUGUCAAAAUUAUAGCAGCCUGGACCAUCUCUGUGGUUAUCUCCAUGCCUGUCCCAGUACUCGGCCUGCACGAUCACACCAAAGUCUUCCGGAAUGAAAGUUGCCAACUGAUGGACAACAAUUUCGUUUUGAUUGGCUCUUUUGUGGCGUUCUUCAUCCCGCUCAUCAUCAUGGUCGUCACCUACAUUCUCACCAUCAGUGCUCUUCAAAGUGAAGCGACUUUGUGUCUGGACCAACUCAUCGUGCGGCCAAAAUGGUCAUCCACUAUAGGACUCCUCCCACGAGGCUCGCUGUCCUCUGAGCGUCUCUUCUCGCGUUCGUCUCUCUGUCGCGAUGGGGCUUCCAGAGGAUCUGGCCGUCGCUCCAUCCAGUCCAUCAGCAACGAGCAGAAGGCAUCUAAAGUGCUAGGUGUGGUCUUCCUUCUCUUUGUGAUCAUGUGGUGUCCAUUUUUCGUGACAAAUGUGAUGGCGGUGGUGUGCGGUUCAGCAUGUGACGAAGAUUUGUUGGGGGGACUGAUGAAUGUGUUUGUUUGGGUGGGUUAUCUGUCAUCAGCGGUCAACCCUUUCAUCUACACGCUCUUCAAUAAGACUUACCGUGCUGCUUUCGCCCGGUACAUGCGAUGCCACUACCGUGAAGAGAGGAGGCCUCUGCAGCUGAUACUGGUCAACACCAUCCCUCCUCUGGCGUACAGCUCCUCUGGGCUUUCCCUGAAGGUGGAGAACUCAUUAAAGAGAAGGGCAGAGGGCAGCCGGUCUGGGAGCUUCUCCAACACAGACAGGUCAAACCCUGGAAACACACAAAACAAGCAGGAAUGGGAAGAGGUUGUAAGCCAUUUGUGAGACUCCGGAGGGUUUUUAAUUAUGGUUCACAUCAACAGACCUUAGAGAGUGUUUCUUUGUAGGUGUAAAACUUGAAAAAUGAAGUAUUUUAUUUUAAUAUGUGUCCACCUGUGCAGCACAGCACAGUCAGCAGAUCAGACUACUGUACCUACGGCUCACAGCUAAAAAAGAGAAGACAGAUGAUUUAAAUUGGGCGAACAGCAAUAAAGUUUUACAACUCUCUUUGUGGGACUCAAAUCACAACAUUAUGUUUAUUUUGUACAAGAUUUGUAACAUAAAUGUUAUAGAUGAUUACUUCACACAUAUAUCUCAUGAAUAUGAGUCAUGAGUCACUAUAAUGCAAGUGGAUAAGAUGCUUCAAAAAUCAUGCAAAAAACUAAUAAAACGGUUAAUUCUCCGUUUUUUAAAACUUUUUCAAACUUCACUUCUGACCAACUGUCAGCAUGAAUAUUUAGCAUGUUGUGAAACUCACACAAAAGUGACAGUCUUCUGUGCUUCCACAUCACUUUUCGAGUGAGUUGCACAACGCUCUUACAUAAUGCUCGCACAAGGUGUGAACUCAUAUUUACCAGAAGUGAUAGUUUAACAUAUUUUUCUCAAACACCUAUUGUUUAUUUUCAUAAGACCAUUGAUUGAUCCACUGAUUAAAGCUGAAGGUCCUGUCCACUUGCAUUAUAUGGUCUCACAGAGAUGGUUUAUUUUGUUAAAAAUCUCUGUUGGGUUCAUCUGACAAAAGAAAGUCAUUCGUCUGGAAUGCUAUGAUGUAUUGUCUAUAGACUAAAUGAU